UUCUUACCGGACUUCUCCACAGCUGACCUUGAUGUUAGCAAUUUUGAUAGCUUCUACUUUUACGUUUGGUUUUGCUCUUGGAAACUUUCAAGAUCAGCAAUUAUUGGUACCUAAGAGCGCGGUCAAAACGAAUCGUCCAAUUAUAGGUUGGUAAAAUAUGUUUAUGAUGGUUCUCUAGCCGUUUACUGAUAUGGUUUUGUUUCGUUUAGAUCCGUUGUAGAUCUUGUGUAUUAGGUUUAAGUUUCUUUAUUUGCAACACUGACAAUUUAUUUACAGAGCCAUCUAAUUACUUCCUAUAUUACUUCCUAAUUACUUUCUAUAUGUAUUAAGGCUUCAUAGCGGCACGAAGUAAGAUACCGCUUUGAUGAACCACACGAUGCUUUCAAAGUUUAUUUUUAUUAUAUUUUUUAAUGAAAACAAAACAUGUUUCGGAUGAAACAUCAUCCAUCGUCAGUUGUAUAAUGAGAAAUAGAAUGAAAUUAUGCAAUGAAUAUUAUAACAAAGUGAGAUAUUAACAAGAAUAACAAAAAAAAAGUGAAACUAUAUAAGCUAAGAAGGGAGACUAAUUAGUAUGAAAGGGAUAAAUUAAGAUGUUUAAGAUGGAUGUUGAUAUAACUAUGGAAAAAUGCUUCCACAAGCUGCUCCCACAAGCUACUUCCAGAAUCUGCUUCCACAGCUGCUUCCACAAUCUGCUUCCACAGCUGCUUCCACAAUCUGCUUCCACGGCUGCCUCCACACGCUUCCAAUUGAAAAUUAUGGAAGCCAUGCACAUCCUUUGGGAGCAGCCGUCUUUAAAUUCCCAGUCCAAACAUCUUAAUUUAUCCCUUUCAUACUAAUUAGUCUCCCUUCUUAGCUUAAAUAGUUUCAUAUUUUUUGUUAUUCUUGUUAACAUCUCACUUUGUUCUACUAUUUAUUGCAAAAUUUCAUUUUACUCUCAUUAUACAACUGACGAUGGAUGAUGUUUCAUCCGAAACAUGUUUCUUUUUUCAUUAAAAAGAUAUAUAAAAAAAAAAGUGAUCUUCAAAAGCAUCGUGUGGUUCAUCAAAGCUAUAUGUAUUAGUUAUGAUGUCACGAAAGUUAUGUAAUAACAAUAAAAUAGAAGAAAUCGAUAACAGUUGCCUUGAUCACACAACAGGAUAACUUUCGUUAAUAAAAAUUGGUGAGCGUGUUCUAUCCUCAGAGACGGACGGCAACUGAUCAAACAAUUCCAAGAACCCCAAUCGCGAACCUGCUGUUAAGAGCGUGUCCACGAGAGCACCGGGCAGUCGUGCUACAUGCCAUCUCACCGAUUUUAAUGAAACUUUGCCAGUUUAAAGUAUCUACCCUAAAACUAAAGAAGACAAAGUGGUUUCUGUUUUAGUUUUUUCCGGGGGGGUAGAUAGACCACCCCCGCCGGUUUUUCUUGGUUUUCACCGAGGAAAUCGCCUCAAAAAAAGUAAAAUGUAUGAAGCUCUCACUGCGAUGGUAUUUAACCAAUUAAUCUGAGAGUUUUCACACAUAUUGUUUAAUCCUUAGUUAAUGUCCAACGCAAGUAUCAGUUAAUUUGAUUGACGGCUUGUCAAUCAACAGAGGUAAAUAAACAACUGUGUUUUUAGACUUUUCGAUUCCUCCAAAUAUUUGACAACUUUGAGGUUAAAUAUCUCCCCUUGCCAGAGAGCUACAACACUAACCUUAAUUCCCCUUUAUAACCCAUCAUCUCUAAAAACCAUCAAAAACAUCUUUGGGCGCUAUUGUAUUUUUGUCUUGGAUGCCUUUUAAAAUCUGCGAUUGUGAUAAGUUUCUCUUAACUACACCUGUCACGAAAUUCUGGCUCUAGCCGGUCACUUAACCAAAUAGACCUACAUUUUUUAGCACUUUAUACAAGGUGAUUGAUCAAGAAAGCUAAAAAAUGUGAAAAAAUUUCGAGGUUUUUCGUAGGAAUGGAAAAUUUCACAUUUAGAGAGAUGCAUGCUGGCGAAAAAUCGAUGGGAAAAUCGUAGCGUUUCUUUCUUCUGUCGUUUUUACUUUGAAGAUUUGCUAAAGUUGGCAAAUAGGGCUCUUGUACAGAACAAAACAUUCAUUAGUCUGUAAUUUGAUUGUUUAUUAUCAUUAUCGCACAGUUCACAAUAAGGAAACUGUAACAGGAGUGUAGAUUUUAAAGUCAAAUGUCGCAUGCUUGUUGACUUUCAAGUUUCCGUGUUUCAUAACUUCAGCUUUUCCAGACCGCGGAUGACGGGAAACUCUGCCCCACUCAAUUGAAAGGAAAUAUCAAUAGCCCCAUAAAAUUCAUUAACUCCGCCACGUUUCCAGAAAAUAAGACUGGAAAGUUUUUUUUCCACUUUCCACCAUCAAGAAAUUCCACGCAGAAAUAGUAUUUGACUGCGUGACCUUUCACGAGAAGUAAAAAUUGUUUAUCUUUUUUUUACGAGAAAACACUUCUACAAAGUUCUUAAUCCUUCUGUUAUUUUAUUUGCCUGUUUUCUGACUGCAAAUAUCGUCAGCAUUUGCUAUUAUUUUCGCUGAUUUUCAUGGCCCUUUCCUGCGUACGUGCGAGCCAGUUGGUAUACUGGGCUGCCUUUCGAGUUUCUUUGCGUGGUGUCGGGCCUAUGUGUGUAAGUCUGGCACGAAAGAUAUCUACACGCUGCACCACGGUAUUUUCCCCUUUUUCUUUAUUUGUAUUUUUAUUCUCUUUCUUGCAUUAUCACACAUGUGUGUUAUUUUAAUUCCCUCAGCGCGUUCCCUCAGAUUUGGAAGACUGCUAUGAAAAGUCAAUAUUGACCAGAACUCAAACCUUUGCUAUCACUAUUUGUUUCAAAGAACCCCUGUUCCCUGUUCUUUAUAACUUUAUUUCUCAAGAUAACGUGUCUUUAUCUGCUGUUUAUUUCCAUUAGAACAUGAAACUAGGUCCCGAUAAGUUUUUGUUUCGUGACUCCCAAAAACUGUGUUUGCGACAGCAUCAAUUGAGAAAUCAAAAGCAAUUACGCCGUUCUAACCGCAGAAGGCAAAUCCAUGUAAUGAGGCGUUCUAAGACCUCUGUAAACUAGAGAAAUGACGUGGACGAGGAUGUAAUGUGUGGAGGGGUCAAAUAUUUAUACAAAAAAUCUGUGACCCUCAAACGGAUCACAUACUCGUACAUGUAACGUCCGAAAAAUGUCACGCAUGUACAAUACCGCAGGCGCACCUGGCGAAUUCUUUCCACUGGCUUCAAUAGUAAAGAGACAACUUAUUUACUAUUUGUAAAGAGACAACUUAUUUACUAUUUGUAUAUGAGCAAGCUUAUUUACCCUAUUUGUAAAACUCCUUGAUGAAGUCUACUAUUGUCAGACGAAACGCGUGGGAGAUAAAUACAAGUUUUUACUUUCUCAGUUCGUGCGGUGAUGCUCACUUGUUUGUUCCGUCAAAAACGCUUUAACGUGAAGUCAUGUCGACCUCGACAGAAAAAUUAAGCUCAUCCUGUCAUAAUCAAUGUUUUGAUAAUGUAAGUACCAAUUAAGGUAAAUCAUUGCGCUUUGAUCACAAUAAUGAAAAAAAUGUGCGUUUUCUCACGCUCACCACAUUUAUUCUUUGGAAAAUUAUUUUACUGGAGGGCGAUGUCGCUUAGCUUGGCGCGUCUUGACUCUAAUCGACGAAAAUUAUCGAGGUGAGUCCCAUGAAAUUCUUGUCAAAUGUUUUAAAAACUUUGACUUCCCUUGGUUUGCACGCAGAAAAAAAGACAAAUUCUCCACGGUAUUUCAAACUAUUUUAUUUAUUAGUCAAUUUAUGAACUGUUUUAUAACAGCCCGAGGAAAAAGCAAGAUGGAAACAACCGGCGUAUCGGUCAAACGAAUUCCAAUUUUUUUCAACAAGGAGUUUCUAAGUUCCUUUUUCCUAGUUAAUUUGAGAGGAGGUCAAUGUUUUGUGACAGCCGAAGAUAGACAUCUCUGAAACGUCUCUGAAACUCUUGGAGGGUUUACACUUCCAGUAAUAUUUUCCUCCCUCUCGCAACAGCGCAACAGACAUUGUUAAUCCGUCUUCAUAGUGAUGCCAUAUAAGAAAUCGAGUGUCUAAAAAACCCUCAAUUCAACCUAAAACUUGAAUUGAUAGAGUCAAGAUGGCGCAGUUGUCUUGUUCAUUUGCACCUAACUGUAAAAACCAACUUACUUUUCUCGCACUGACCAGAGACGGAAACAGCUCAUACCCAUAAAUUCGUGAGUGUACAGCAUAUAAAAAAAAAAAAUUGGGGGGGGGCCUCAAUGUAUCCCGAACAUGCGUUUCGUCCGAGAAGAAGCUUAUUCUAGCUCAUAUUGGCUUAUUUGGAGAUUACGAAGGCCUCGAUUUCACUAUAUACCUCAAAUAUCGUGCACAACUUGGUUUCAGAUUCAGACCUUCGGGUUCGUAAAUCCCAGUAUCCUCCUCAUAAAAAAUCGGAAACGUAAAGUUGAGAGAGAGUUAAACCUGAAGAUGGCAGAAGAAAUCAAAGGUGGUGGCGAGUCUUCCUGGUGGCAAGGUGACUGUAAACCUAAUAGAACGCGUACUGUAAUUGCUAUCUUAGAGUCGGCAAUGAGUAAGUAAGAAGAGCAAUAAGAGCGCUUAUCUGAACAUCAGUUUUCCUAACUGGUGAUAUGUGACUGAGAUGAACUUUGUAUCAUAUGAUUGCUACGCAGAUACUGUAGAGGCGCUCACAUAAAUAGAGGCGGGCGAUCCUCCCUCUAACUUAAGAACUGCGACAAGUUUAUAGCGCAGACCAACUGGCACAGUUUGGAGGCUCAUCACAUUAGAAACCUUCAGCAAACUAAUCGUAGAAGUGGGUGGUUAUCAGCAACGUGCAUAGAUCUCUGAACGCGGGUCAUCGCGAGAACUAUACCCAAUCCGUCACAGACGGAACAAGAAAGCGAGAUAUUCUUGCUAAGAGGAAGGAUGUAUGAAGACGUUUCAGUCAUUCACUGCCAUCCAGAAGAACCUUAACAAAGGCAAACACAAGGUGAAGCUGACAAAAAAAUCCGCCUAUAAUAAGAUCAAGAGGAAGUGGACGAAGACUUUCCAUUCUGUAGGGGGUGGCUACGUUCAAGGUCGGACCUCAGGUAAAAUUUUGACGAACAAUCCCUAACUAGCCGGGUGAACUUUGGAUGGGCUCUUUGGAAAACACAAAAAGCAGCCGCCUUUUCUCAGAUAGCAAAGAAUUAUCUCCUAGACGUGUGCUGGACAUGGGAGGAAACUAGUAAGGCAACCAACUCUAAUGCGGCCAAAUAUCGAGUUUAAGAGACGACACCGGCCAGAAAUGUUGUCUAAGACUGACUGGUUGAUAGAGCAGCAAAUCGCUCGAUACUUCAGCCGGUUACCUGCCGUAACAAAAAUUGGUUAUUGACGAAGUCCCCCUCUGUAAGUAUGAAUGAGGACGAAGAGGCCGAUGCCGAUGAUCUAGCUUCAGAAAUCGAAAUUGACCGAACAAGGCAGAAGAUAAGAAGAGACCUUGCAAAAUUUAGACGAAGGCUGCAGGAGAGGGUACAGAUACUAUCAAGCUAAAAAAAUAAGGACCUUUGCAUCUCACUUUUUUUUCAUAUUUAUUGUCAUUGCUCACGAAAACAACUGACUAUGUCCUGGGAUUUUUUCAUCGAGGGAAAUUUGCAGGAAGCCCACUGGUCAAAAUAUUGCUAACUCAGUCUUACUAUCUUUUACAAGUCACGCAAUUAAACGCCGGCAACAAUCAAAUGAUAGACUAAUGAAUGCUUUGUGCCGUAAAAAAGCCAUAUUUGCUGAUUUUAGCAAAUCUCCAAAGUAAGAAACGACAGAAGAAAGAAACGAUACGAUUUCCCCUCAUCAUAUGCAUCUCUCUAAACGUGAAAUUUUCCAUUCCUACGAAAAAUCUCGAAAUUUUUUUCACAUUUUUUAGCUUUCUUGAUCAAUCACGUUGUAUGAAGAGCUAAAAAAUGUAGGUUUUUUCGGUCGAGUGACCGGCUACAGCCAGAAUUGCGUGACAGGUGUAGUUGAGAGAAACUUGUCACAGUCGCAGAUUUUAAAAGGCAUCCAAGACAAAAAUACGGGUAGUGCUCGUAGAUUUUUUUUAUGGUUUUCAGAGAUGAAAUGAUGGAUUAUAGAGGGGAAUUAAGAUUGGUGCUGAAGCUCUCUGGCAAGGGGAGAUACUUGACCUCAAAGUUGUCAAACAUUUGGAUGAAUCGAAAAGUCUAAAAACACAGUCGUUUAUUUACCUCCGCUGAUUGACAAGCCGUCAAUCAAAUUGACUGAUACUUGUAUCGGACAUUUACUAAGGAUGUAAUAAUAUGUGUGCAAGAGUGAUUGGUUAGAUACCAUCGUAGUGAGAGCUUCAUACAUUUUACCUAUUUUGAGGCGAUUUCCUUAGUAAAAGCCAAGAAAAACCGGGGGUGGACUAUCUCCCCCCGGAAAAAAGCAAAGCACGCUCUUAAUACUAGCUUCAAGCUCCAUCGACUAAUUUUUUCAAUCAGGUAUUUUGACUCAAGAAACCAAUGCCAACCUUACGCAAUUCGGUUACCAAUACCUUAGUGCUCUUUACGUGAAGACUUUGGAAUCUGCAGGGGCUCGAGCUGUUCCAGUUUUGUAUCCUUUUCACCUCAUAAAGUUAUUUGACGAUUUCUCUGCUCCUGUGUCACUUCAAGCUGCAGAAAACACUAUUCCCCUUCGGAAACUACCUUAAUAACCCCUCUGAAAUUCACGGGAAAUAAUAUUAAAAUAAUAAAUAUAUACAGAUGUUAACUUGACUAAAGAAACAACUUUCUUUCGGUCGUAAAAGACAAUGCAUUUUUUCACUUGCCAGUUGGCCGCUUAUUGUUAAAACCUUAAGGAAAAACUGUCAGAAUAAGGGAAUGCCUCGUGGUGUUAUCUGUUUAUUUUCUUCUUAGGAUACAGAAAUUAACGACAACUAAAGAUAGCCUUUUUCCUUAAUAGUACAUUUUGUCUGUCCGAUUGUACCUUUCAUUUGACACUGAGGCACAACAAAAAAUCCAUCGAUGCACGAUAUGAGAAGGUUCUUGUGGAAGUAUAACAUUUCCUUGGUUUAAUGUCCGGAUCGUUAUCUAUGUCUUAAUUUCUUUCUUGACUUAAUGCACAGUGUCAAUUCCAGCACACCGGAAAUAGAAAAUAUGUUUCAUUCUUUAAAUGGGUAAGUAAGCAAUGACGUGUAGAUGGAACUUGGCAACAUCACCUUUUAUCGAACAGGGAUCAGUUAAAGAUUAAAAGGGCUUUUUUUCUCCGAAAAUGGAGGUUCGAACUCUGAAUAUUUCUCUGAUAAAAAGUAAGUUAACCUGCCAGUUUCUUUGACCGAAAUUACUAUUGUUAAACAUAUCGCUUGUCUUCGAAAUCAAGACACUCUCACAAAAUUGAGACAAACUUAUCUCUAAUUUUGUGUUCUUGCCGAAACAACAGACUUACUCUGUGUGGGAGGAAUUAAGAUAGCGUCUACCCCAGCCGAGUCACUUCGCCUUCAAGUGCAGUCACGUCGGCCCUUGUUGGAUCGACUAAAAUCUUUGUUGAUCUAUCGUGGUGUCACUAUUCUACUUAUUUUUGAGAAUUUCUCACCGUCAUGGUAGGUUGUGAUUCAAAUCUUAAUCUCAUGUCGUAAACAACACAAAGAGAGUUUAAAAAGUUUCUCAAGUCUGGAGGAUUUUCAAUACGCCGCCAUGAAAAUGACAUUGGUGUCGAAUAUUUGGUCAUAGGCUAACGUAGGUGUGAUGUGACCACGCUUGUGGGCCACGUUACUCGGCUCAGGGGUGACAACUGACGUGACUCGUUGCCAUUGUAACAGGGGGCAUAAUGAAAGAGGAAUGAUGUCUAUCACAAUUUCUUCGUUCAGCAUACAAAACAAAGCUCCAACCUGUUUAUUAUGACCUCUUAGCCUUUCUUGAUGAGGGUGAUAUUAAAUCUUAAGAAGUCGUCCUGUUCCCAACUCAAGAAAUUUGAAAGCUUUCCUUUAACAGUACAUAAGCGUUAUAGAUCAAUUUUGUUCGGUCGAGAUGGCUGGGCAUUGGCCGAGUUUUUUUUUUGUGUGUGUGUUGCGCUUUUAUGGACCGAGACGCAUAAAAACACAGAAAAGAACGAGGCUAAUAUCCAGGCAUCUUGACCGGACAAACUCGUCAGUAAAAGAUUUAUGAUAUAGCAAAACAAUUUCGCUGUAAUAGGAAUCAAGAAUGACUUGUUUAUUUCGAGAACUGGGAAAGAACGCCAACUGUAAUUGUAGCACAUUAAAUUCACGAGAAUGGUUUUACUGUCUUCUGCCGCUUUUUGCUGAUAUUUUCCUAAAUUAACGAAUUUUGUGAGUCCGCUCCAGGGUACUUUGUUUUCUUGCGCAGGAUCAAUGCGGGCGGUCCCGAACGGGAAAGAUGCGCACAUCUUACCCGCUCGGGCGGCCAAUCAGAACACAAGAUUUGCUUCAUAUCGCCGAUGGGCGCUGCCAGCUAUAUAAUAUUUAUGAUUAUGAUUGCAAUUAUUUUUUUUGUCUCAGUUAAGUGUUAAGAUAUAUUUUUCUUUUGGGGUGGGAGGGGAGUAGGAGGUUUCAGAGGACAGUGACUCUCUUAAACCCAUGCUUUGCUUUCGAUUUGCAAGGUUGAUCUUUCCGGGAGGCCAUGUGAAGUUAAAUGUGUCUAGAUACACAACAGUCGGAAGGAAGUUCCUAGACCUUGCUGUUAAGGUUUGUUGCUGAUAUGUUCCUUUGCCGUCAAAUUUUUCAAUCAGUUAAGAAUAAUACAAUCGUGUGAUCGGCAAGUUUCUAUGUAACAAUUUAACAAAAAGCUUAAAGACUUAUUCGGAUUAAUCAAGGGUGCGGCAAGUGCCUUGGCGGUCAGUUGUCAAAAAUACUUCUUUAUCAUUUUUUGUCAGGCCUACGAUGAAACAGGAGACGUAUUUCCUAUAUGGGCCGAGUGCUUGGGAUUUGAAUUGAUUGCUCUUAUAGUUAGUGGAAGGGACUUAAAGUUUGGUCAAUACGACCAGUCGUUCCUCAGCCUCACAGAUGCAAGAAACAUCAGUUUAAAGCUUAUUUUAUCUCCAGGUAACUCAAUAGAAAAGACAUGAAAUGGCACGCAUCAAACUGGUCAGGAAAUAUUGUUUUGAAAGGCUAUUUAGUGGCCUAUUUAGUGACGAGUGCUCUUAUGGCCUGCUCAUUAGAUACCUUUCAUUAGGAGUGGUCUUAAUUUAGUAUGUUAUCUUCACUUUGUAAGUCACAAACUCUUAAAGCCGCGUCAUGUGAAUUGUACAUGACGAGUUGAAUUGUCCACUGUCCUUAACGAUCACCCUAACUCAAACAAGAUGAACAUUUAAUACGAGCAAGAUCGAUAGCGUUUGUUUAUCGGAAAUUGAUAGAAUAUUUUCUUUAAAAAGAAAUUAACACUGUUUCCUCCUAAUCUAAUUAGACUCACAGUCCACAUUUUCAUACUUUCCACCCUUUCAUUUUGUCGAACAACAUCGAGUAGCUACGAUAUGUGAAUCAAACUAAUUUUAAAGCGUUUCCAAUACAUCGUUUGGUCAUGUUGUUAUAUUCUAAAUUGUCAGGAUCAGUAAGCUUACUAGUUCUUCAAAACGUAUUCAAACCGUUUAAUAAAGGGGGUAAGUUUCCCAAAGAAAGUGUGGUCCUGCAUCGGUGGGGUUAUAAGCAAGGUAUUCGGCUUUAUCAACCGAGUAGAUAAUGUAAAUUGGCCACCGUGAAAGUUUCUAAAUCUCACGUUUCGAUCGUCAGCCCCUCGUUUUCAUGGCCUAGUUUGCACGACUAACUUCGAUGGUCGGUCAAAUACGACCAAAAAAAAAUUUUGAUCUUCUCUUUAUGAGUGCUGAUACUAUUUCUUGCAGACUUUAAGUCAACGAAACUGUUAGGAUCUGCCCCUGAUAAUAUCAUAAAGUACAUGACACAAAAUGAUAUCAAUUACAACAAUCACCAUAGAGGUUUGACGCCCGAGGUAAGCCGAUUGCUGUAUUCGCCUCCUUCUUUCUUCUGUCGAAACACACAAAAGAGACUUCUGUGAGGGCUUCUGCAAAAUUAGAUGUGAGAGUUAAAUGAUUGCAAUGUUCUUUUCAUUACCAAUUAGUAUAUUGAGUUACUGAAACCGUUUUCCCGUCUGGCAGAAAAAGAAACGAUGGGAAGUUAAAAUUCUCGUCGUAUGUUUGCAUAACAAGAGUACUUCAUGUACAGAAAGAAAAAAGGUAUCAAACCUCCCCUUAAAAUGACCUUUAAAACCUAUCUUUUCAUCCUUUGCGACUCUCAUUAUCUCCUUGAUUUCUCUACCAUCAUGCACUGAUGAUCAGAAUGAAGAUAUGCGGUUUUAGAGUUACAGGUUUCUUUUCACACGCGCUUGUUGUUUUUUGACAUUUGCCCAGGUAUUCCAUAAAGAUGAAAAGUUGAGUGAGUUUUUUAAAAUAGUUUCCACGAGUAAUGACAGGAAAGGAAAGCCGUUUAUCUCUACUAUGGAAGGUAAUCUCUCGAAAUCAUCAUUUUUUCUUCGCCUUCAAUGAAAGAAAGGCCGGCUCAUAAUCUAGAACAACAGCAAAUCAGAUGGGCAGUUAUGUAACAUUCAUCACUUUUCACCAACAACCAUCGCCUUCUUUUUCAGCUCUUAAAUAUCCUAUUUACAGUUUUCAGUGGCAUCCGGCGAAGCCUCUGUUUGAGUGGACAACACUAAAAGACAUCAGACAUACAGAGGAGGCUGUUCUGAUAGCACAGUAUUUCGCAGACUUUUUUGUAAAUCAAGGUAAAUUGUUAUCUUUGUAGUGGCGAUGCACGUUGAUUGGUCGUUAUACUCAUACUUUUGUUAAUGUGACAAACCAGCAAGUUAGGAAACCUUCAGCAGCUUGAACCGAGGCAAAUUUGGUAUCGAUAACCGAAGUUAAGGUAGAGUGGGUUGGUAACUUACCCCUUUUUUCAAAUUCUUAGUCUGUCAUACACAAUGAAGCAAUCCAAGAAUUCCUCAUUAGAAUUCGAUGCUUAAAGUAAAUGUAUUACAUAUUAAACGAAUUAUGAAAUGAAAUUGUCAUUGAUUUCACUAUGCUUUAAUUUAGUGGAAUCUCAAAAUGAGGGUGCUUGUGGCUAGCUUCUUUCCAUAGACGUUUUCAUAGUUCAUUGUUAUUUCUUUAACUAAACUUAAAAACUGAGGCGUGCUUAUGAUCCACUUUGUUACUCCAUUCCCUAAUAUUCUGAUUUCUACCUAGCGUUGAUAAACUAUACCUUUCUUUCUUUCUUUCUAAAUCAUCAAUUUGGUUACAGCUCGUUUAAGUGACCAUCGAUUCCCGAGCACAGAAGAGGAGAAAAAGGCAUUGAUUUACAACUAUACACCAACAUACACUGGAGAUGUCGUAUCAGUGUUACAGAUGUACUUUUGGUGAUAAAGAGCCUCCUUGAAAUAACUGAAGCAUGCUGAUCCUUUUUAUGCCGGAGGCAUUUUUUAUGCUGUGUAUUUUCGAAUUUAUGGGUACAAGAUGUGUGGAAAGCAGAAGUUGAGAAGUUUGGCCACUUGCUAUGAGCUUUUGAACUACCUUCUUUGAUAGGCUAAUGUCACCUUCCAUUCUAAAUUUCAAUAUUAGCCUGCAAGGGAAGCUCAUACACUGAACCGAACUAUUUAUAUAUAAAGCAGCUUGCAUGGCAUCUGUCUCGAACAGUAAAUCUAUAAACAUAGAUAGACCUUUUACUCUGGCAGUUCAAAUAAAACAUGUAUUUUUUUUUCUAACCAAACAAAGCCAGGAGCCCAUUUCCAUGAAUGAGUAUUUAAUAACUGUGUUCAUUAAAUAGAUUUUAAACAAUUUUUGAAUACCUUAAAUUCUUUGAAAUCGUUGUACCUUUGCUUUCGAAGACAAUACAAGUUACAAACGCUUCCUGUUGUUUUUCGUUGUUGCUGUUGUUGUUACUGCUACUGUUGGCAUGUUAACUCCACCGAUUUAUGAUCAUUUAUUUUUUGAAGAGAGAAGGAUGCAUCGUUUUUAGAGCUGAACCUACUUUGUAAGGUUUUUGGAGGAAGCAUUAAAAACCAGAAUUAUGUUUAUACGUUAUACGUUUAUAUGUUAAAAAUUAAUAUUAUCAAGAACAUAUAAAAAGUUGUAUCUGUGUAAUAAUUACAUGCAAAAUCACUAUUUGUAUGCCGCGAAGCUGAGGUGGAGACAGCAUCGAAUCUAAAAGGGUAUUCGAUAACUUAAGUCCUUGUUACUCAGAUGUGAAACUCCCAGUUCUUUAAAAUUGACCAUGCGCUACAAAACAGAACCUCUAUUUGUAAUAGAGUCUUUCAUGAAUCUGCCGCCAAGCAAUCCUUGCCGCGUAACGAAUAGCCUUAACAUCCUGACAUCCUUUGGUGUGAAUGUCUCCAUACACGAACUACGCGUUGCAUUACCGCUGUACAAACGCAGGCGUCAUUAACCUUAACGACCGAAAUUGAAAGAUUGUUUAUAUCGAUCGAUAUAAAUACAGUUCUUACUUAGUCCCGGUACGUGAAGUAAAGAUGCCAGCCAAAAAGAAAGGUAAAAAGAAGGAAAAAGGAAGUAGCAGAGGUGAAAAGGAAGAGGAAGAAGGAGGAGGAAAGCCUGAACCUACGGGAAAAGAGCAAGAACUGAGAAGAGAGUGAGUAAGCUUUCUCACUCGGCCUUAUUUUUAUGGGAAACGUGUUACAGCAAUGUAUAAAGAAAGCGUUAUAUACUUAGAAAAAGAAAAGUAGUGAUUUUUCAGGCAAUUAAAACCACCAGUUCAAAUAAGCCUUUGUUCUUAUCCAUGUUAUGUCUGUCAGUAUGAUAUCCUGGACAAUAUUAUGCGUCUCUAGCUAAAUUGUGAAAUUGCAAGGACUAGAUAAUGGAUUUAAGGUUGUGCUGCAAAUAUACUAUGAUUCUCGUGGCAAAGGGGAGAUAUUUAUCAUACUAGGUCUGUACUUCAGUUUUGAGUAAACUGGGUCAACUAAUUAUGUUUUCUUAAUCUGUAGACUGGAAGUUUUAACAGAAAAAUUAUCAAAUCUUAAGCGAGAGGUUGAAGGACUGUAUCUUUUCGAAUGGGUAAGGUUUUCUUUGUUAUGAUCGGAUGAUUGAAUAUUUUAUUUACGACCAUUCACCGCCCAUUCACAUGAUUUCGCUGUAUUUGAAUCUGUUAUCGUAACUGCAUGCACUAGACCUGGUCAUGUUGGGUUUCGCUCCCAUGUUGCAGUACGUAAACGAGUGUGUUUCUUUGGUUUUUAGACUAGAUCUUUUUUACUAACCUCAACAAGACGAGACUGUAGCCUGUAAUGUACGAACCAUUUGUGAUUGCAAGGAUUACUAAGACUGAUGGAAACCAUGCUUCAAAGCUUCUAAGUCCCUUGCACUACUCAUAAUAAUGUGCACUUUUAUCAUAAAAGGUUUUGCUAUACUUAUCUUGAAUUUACACAAAGCUUGUAAGGAAAUUUUUGGGUUUCAGAUCUGUAGAAAAGGGUUCUUAGUAGCUAACUGAUUCAGAGUGGGGUCCAAAUAUUGUAUGAUAAAGAGCCGUAAAUUAAUCGAUAUUCACAGCUUGUCCUUGGAGAAAAACACAAAAAUGAAACACUUUCAAUUAUCAUCAGUUCAUGAAAACUAUUCUUCUAUAAAAAGCAAUGUUGCUUUAACUAAUAAGGCAUAUCCUUCUCUGUAGUCUGCAUAUUCACAAUAGGUAUUUUAAUUUAAUUAAAAUUACAUUUUCUCAGGUGAGGGUGUUAGAUGAAGACAUUGACAAAUAUAAUUUUGAUAUAGGUAUGUUGAAGUAUACAAAUCAUAGCAUCCCCUAGGGUCCAUAAAUACAUUACUAGGAAAGCUAGCAGAUGUAUAUGUUUUUUUAACAAUCCUCUUUUUUAAGUUAUUUACCAAUCAUUAAGUGUUGUAAGCAAAACAUUCUCUAUUGGUACUGGUACCCUUGGUCUUGCCUCAUAAUGAGAAUUCUGGAGAUACUUUUGAAUGCGAGAACAAUAGAUCUUUAAGCUACACUUUUUUGUGUUGAGAACUGGAGAAUCUUUCAGGGAAAAUUUCAAUGACAGUUGAAAUAUUAGCGAAAUAAAGUUUCUUAACACUUAAAUCAGACGGAAGGAAAACGAAUGGCUUCAGGAAGAGGCUCAACAAACUCGACUGGAAAGUGUGAGUAAAAUAGAUGUGAUUGUUUAAAAUGCUCAACUGGCAGAUAUGAUUGUGUAAACAUGAUUUUCAUGUGAAGGUAGUUGCUCAGGUGGAAGGUGUUUCUUUUCAUCAUAUAUAUGAUGAAAUAACAUUUGCUUCUGUACCAGUACAUGUUAGUCCUAUUUUCAGAGAUUGGACAUUUUUUGACAUGGAUCAUUACUAAGUUUUGUUCUACCUAAACUUACUUCUUUGGUGUCUUUAAUUCUGUACCAAUUUAAUGCUACCACUAACAACUGAAAUAAGUCUUGUUUGAAUGUAAAGCAUGAGUACAUGUCCUAUAUGGCUAAAAAGACACAGAAGAGACAAACAACAAUAAUAUCACUGAGUGACAGCAAUCAGCAAGAGUUGGAGAACAUCAAGCAGCAGAGAGAGCAGAUGUUAAAUGAAUACCAAGAGAAGAAACAAGGUACAACUUUCUACUUAGAGCUCACACGCUUCAGUGAGAUAUAAUGUCAGUGAUUGUUCAACUGAGAAAGAAUCAUUGUCAGGUUUUGUAAAAGUUGUUGGUAAAUUGAAAUUACACCAAAAAUAUAUACAUGUUGUAUGAAGCUCAAUGAAACUGAACAGUCACCUUUACUAGCUGCUAUGAUUUACUGGUACUGUAGAUAAGACACACCAAGAUGUAUAUAUAUGUACAUAAUUAUGUACACCAUGUGCUGCCAGGGUUUCCAAAUAGUCUGAUUACUGCAACAUGUUUAGAUUAUUAAUUCUCUCCAGCCAAUUGGUUCACAAGAUUCAUUUGGGAGGUUAGAACUGUUCUGUUUAAACACACUCUGGUUUACUAAUCUAAAAAUCUAUUAUAUAAUAAUUAUACCCUAAUGACAAAGGGUAUAAUUAUAACCUCCCACAUGAAUCUUGUGAUCUGAUUUAUGUGGGAAUUACAUAAGCUGAUUUCAUCCAUUGGGACUUUGCCUUACAAGAGUUGGUGUUGUAGACACAAUUCCCAUGGGAAAUGAAACUUGGUUCUAAGAGGUGGCCAAUCUUUGAGACCCUGUUGGCAUCCUUGAAAUUAAUCAAACUCCAUUUUAAAAAAAUCAGAUAAAUGUUAUUGAACACAUUGUCACACAAAAGUUUCCUCACAAUAUUAUAUUGUGAGCAACAAGGUGCCACAGAUGCAGUUUGAACUAUUUUUAUUGUGCAAAUUUUUCUAUAAGUGUUUUCAGAUGAUUACUGAUAACUCAUUUGCUCAAGGUUUCUUAACUGGAUACCUGAUUCCUGAUCAGUGUCACACAGGGGUGCAGAUGCCAUAAAUGUGUACCCAUAAAUGUGUACAGGGAGGGAAUUUCCUUGGGGAGAGUGACUAAGUUAACUAUAGCCAUAGCACAGUGACAACAAUUGGUGAGUUUCUUAUCACAGCUUUGAAGCAACUGAUGCUUGAGAAAGAGGCUGAACUUGCCCUGACAAAUAAUGAACUGGCUGAAUUGGAAGAGUAUCAGGUAAUAGUCUGUUAUGCAGUAACUCAACAACUAAUUGCUACUGAUGCUUGAAAAACAUCAUGUAUUAAAUAGAAUGUUAUUAUAAUAAUAAAACAAUACAAUUUCUGUCUGCACAUAAAUAUGCUCUAGGCCUGAGGCACAAUCAGGGAAGGGCCCAAAAUAUAUUUAUGCCUAAGAACAUAAACUGUAUUUCUAUUAUUUUAUACUUUGGAGGGCAACAAAAAAUGACAACAAAAAAUGAUUAAAAAAUAGUCUCAACAAUCUCACCUAUGUAUGUGCAAGCUAAUAUACAUUUUACAAUGCCAAAUUUUCCAUUUUUGCAUGCAAAAUGGACCACAAUUCCAGAGAAAGUGAUAAUAAUUGGAAAGCUUCCACCCUGCACUAGCAUUACUUUGUAAAACUUUGGGAAUUAUUAUUUUGUCAAAUUUUGGGGCAAUGUAAGCAAAGGAUUGUGUUUUUUGGGAGCAGUUAGAUGGACAAUGAAUGUGAGCUCCAGCUUUGCCAUGUAUCAAUUUUAUGAGAUCAAAUCUUCUCUAAUUAAGUUGAACUCUAACAGUAUUUGGUGUUGGUCUAUUUUUUUGGCACUUAAAAGUUUUUAAGUGUAUUUAAUUCUGAUUAACCUCAAAAUGUGCAACACAAGAAAAUAAAAAUUUCUAAACCAAGGUAAAUCUUGAACAAAACAUAUAUAGUUGUAGUUUAUGCUUACUCUCAAUAUUGCAAUUGAUGAAAAAAAUUUCCUGUAUAUACAAAGACUCUUCAGCGUGAUCAAAAGGCAGAGAUUGCACAUCUGGAGCAGGAAGUUCACAUGAUGAGAGGAAAACACUCAGAAGCAAUACAAAAGCUUAAAUCACAGUUUUUACGAGAGAAAAGAAGCUAUCAAAGGGAAUCAGAUGAUAAAAUUCAAGAAAUGGCACAACAAGCCUCACAGGUUAGAGAACCACAGCAAGACUGCCAUAGCUACUUUAAAAGGAUUUUUUUUCCCCUUUUGUUUACCAGCAGGUUGGUCUUAUCUGAUGGUGAAUUCAAUGUUGUACUGACAGAUUUAAUCAAAAGUGAUCCUCCAAAAAUGGAGCAAAACUUAGUUAAAAAUCAGCACCCACUUUGAACCUAGGGUUAAAUGACUGUCAAGGAAAAGGAGUUUGUCCUUUUUAAAUUUUAAGUUAUCAGUGGAACUUAAGUUCUUUUAGAACAGGCUACGAUGCUUCAAAUUCAUGUGCAUUGAUAACUGAAAGUGAUUCUUUGCCUGCAUGAGAUUUUUGCAAUCUUAAGCAUGCUGUUCCAAGCUGUAAAGGGAAUGGACUAAAAUUUGACUUCAUGAUUUCUAAGUCAUCAAAAGAAGCAGUGAAAUAAUUCCAGGUCAUCACAGCUGGAUAACAAUUACAUAUAUAAAUCAAGUGUUUAAUACUUUUUUUGUUUUUGACUUUUUUCCAUGUCAAGGAGGCAAAACAGUGUUUAGAUGAGCACACGCACAGGAUCAAAGACGAAAACCGAUUGUUGCGGAAAGAACUGUUACAGCUGAUCAGAAGAACACGGGCCCUUCAUGAACAUCGCCAAGAACUUGAAGAACAACAUAAAACACUUUUGCGUGAAGUACAAUACAGUAGAGACCUGAAGAAACUCAGGGGUUCGAGGCAAAACAGGCUUCACCAGAACUUUGGAAUAAGUACAGAACAGGGUCCACAAUAAGAGCAUAAUUGACCAUAAAAGGACAAACAUGUUCUGUCAAUUUUGUGGUUGGGACCAGGUAGAAAAUAAGUUGAGAACGCCACUUCAAAACUUAUUUAUUCCCUUGUGAAAUGUUUUUGCAGUUUGUUUUGGGUUGUAGUGACCAUUUUUGGAAAAGAUCCUUGUUUCAAUGAAAAGUUUGGAAAAUCAUGUGACAAACUUACAUUGAAAAUGUUACUUACUGCAUUAAAGAUGUCAUGAUUUUUGCUCAUAAUAAACCUAAUAAACCUAGGGUACAAGU